GUCAACAAAACACCGGGCGGUUCGAGAAAAAAAGUCGAUGAUUCCUCGCGAUCCAAAGGAGAAUCGAGGGGAAAAGUGAAUGUUUGAAUUGGAAAUUCUUGGGCAUUCCAUUGAGAAUCGGUACUUGCAAUGAGAGACGAGUCAAAGGGGUGAGGUCAGUGCACAUUAUGAUGUGGCACAACGAAGAGAGAGUCCUGGACGCCGAUCAAUGGAGGAUCGAGGCUCAAGCCAUCAUCGACGACGUGAAAGCCCAUGUGAAGGACAUCAGAAUAUCCGAAGAAUUACAAAGCACCAAUAGCUCAAUCCACCUGAACCUCACAACCCUCGAGAACCUGAAAUUCUGCGUUCAUGUGUCUUCAGAAGGCUUCAAGAUCACCGGGAAUCAACACGACACCUUCACGAACACCGAAAAUGAAAUUUACGAGACACCCUACGGUCUCUUGAAUUCAAUAUCUCCGAUGUAUCGAGAAUCAUUCGGAAAUUCAUUAAUGUCAAAGUUAAAUAAAUUAUCCCAGUCCCAAUAAAAUUUUAAUCUUUAUAUA